UGCUGAUGCUCAGCUAGCAUGGAUCAGAUUGCCGAAUCGUCACGAGAGUUUUUGUAGCCAAAAAAGCGCGAACGCGAACCGUGUCAUCACAUUUGAAUCAAUCGAGCUCCAAUUGUCGCCCUCAAUUGCACUUUUUGCAUGACCACACCAUCAGCAUUGAACCAUCGCCAUUACCUUACCAUCACCUGCUUUGCGAUGGAGGAAAGUACAGAACGCGACGGCAAAGUCGGAGAAUGGAUUAAAAAGCACGACUCCGAAGACCAGGUCGAGCCUAAUGAAGAAGACUCGGAUGGAGAGAUGGAAGAGGCAGCCGACGCACCAGAAGAGGACGGCCCAGCACCAAAGCAGUCGUACAAAUCAUGGAAGAAAAAAUAUCGAAAGAUGCGCGACGCUUUUGAGCGAAAGAUGCGCGAGGGCGAAGAGAUCUACAGGCGAGAAAUGCGCGCAAUCGAGACGAACAAACGCAUAGCCAUCGAGAUAGACCGUCUGCUCGACCUGUUACUCGAGGUCAACAAUACGCCUCAGAUCCCUCCAGAAAAGCGCUUCGACCUGAGCAUCCCCUUCUCGUCUGCUGGCACCUCCGACAUCCUACCAGGCGAAAUGUACCUGCCCAUCGACAUGCCCGGGAAUGACAGGGCCCGCGGUGCCGAAAAGCCAUCACAGGCACUGCGCGACAUGCUCGUGGAGAUCCCACAUCACCGAUACGCUGCCGCCGCAGAGCUAUUCCCUAACGUUGUCAGCGACCUUGAGGCCGGUGUGGGCGGCGAAGGCCCUGGCGCCGAUAUGCUCGCCUCGGCUAGUCACCAGCAUCCAGCCUCUUUCCUCACGGCUGACGACAUCGACAACUACCUCUGGGAGCUGGACCAGCGCAUCGCCGAGGACCGGCGCGAUCGCGGCUUGUCCCCGCUACCCGUCGUGCCAACCCUCGCUCCCAAGGCUCGCGAUCCCACCGGCAGUGCAGGAGCAACAGCAGCAGCAACUUCUGCAACCGCCGACCCCAACGCCGCCGCGCGCGACUUUGCCCUCCGCAACCCUACCAGCGUCUACAAUUGGCUGCGCAAGCACGCACCAAAGACCUUCCUGCAGGACGCCGAGGCAACCUCAGUCGUCGAUGUCGACGCCGCCGAGACGCCGCACCCAGAGCGCCCAUCUGGGUCCCGCAGCCGGGCCAAGUUCGAGCCCGCUAAGCGAGGCGGCAAGGUAGCCACCCCGGCAAGCACGCCCACCACUGCCACCAAGCGCGCCUCUGGCGUCGCCCGCGGUGCUGCUAAGCGCUCACGCCAGUCGGCCGUCACCACGGCCGACGUGGCCGACGAGGCUAAGGACGAAGAGGGCGAGGAGAUGGCGCUUGACGAAACGGCGGCGGCGACUCCAACCGCUGCUAAGGGCAAGCGCAAGCGCGCCGCUGACGACGACGCGGGCUACAGGCCUAAGGGGGGCUCCGCACGGCCGAGCAAGAAGAAGCGGAAGAGCGAGGCCGGGGACGCGACACCAACGUCUGCUAGGUCCGGCAAGACUGCUAAGACCAAGGCUGCUGCCGUCGCUGAUGCUGAUGCUGACGAGGAUGCUGCUAUCGAGGAUGCAGAGUAAUUUUCCCAUGUUCUAUUUCUCUUUUGUUUUUGGUUCAUCUCAUUGUUUCUAGCCCGGGACGCGGGAAAAGGGAAACAUGGGUACUCUCUAUUCGUGUGGGAGUCACACAACGUAAUGGAGCAUUGGCGUUUGGCGUUUGGGCAUUUUUCUCUAAUCGGCGGGAGUUUUCCUAAUGAAUUCCUAGCGGUUUUCAAUAAAUUUAGAAUCUCAUGUACGAAUAGCUUGUUUUAUCAAAACAAAGGACUGCAUGAGGCUGUCACUGCGUAGCUUUUAUUCUUUGCUUUACAUUUCGCCUGCGUUUUAUGUUUUGUCAUAGACCAUUUGAGCCCAUUGGUCAAUAAUAUCAUGAUCAGAUGCGAGGUGAAUUGAAAUCCAAGAUGGA